GCUGCCUCAGGGGUGCAGGUGGGUGCUGGGCUCCUGUGCCUGCACUGCUCCCUGCUUACCUCCCUUUUCCUGCCAGAUGCUGUGCUCGUGCCUCCCUCGUGCCACUCUUGAGGGCCUGGCCCAGCCCAAAGGCCUUUCCAGGGCCUCUUUAUUAGUGUCGACUUGUAGCUGUGGCUUGAGCAGGAAUGUGGCAGGAAUAAAGGGGGCAUUCCUGGCCAGGAACACAGCAGGCUCUGGCAGCCUGCUUACCCGAGUGAGGUCUUGGCUCCCCAUGACCACUUGGGGAUGAGGGCACUCCCACCAGCUCUGGCCCUGCUGGAGUGCAGCAUCAUCACAAGGUGGCCCUGGCCCCACACAGGACUCUGGUCCCUGCCAGGCGUCUCCCUUGGUGCAGCCCUGAUUGGUUUAAAGUCUGCACAUUAUCACCCACCUGGCUCUGGGGCUCAUAAAACCUGCAGCGACUGAGACACCUCCACCACCCUGGCUGCUGCCACUGCUGUCAGCGCGGCGCCGUCGCUAUGCUSGGCACUAAGGGCACCAUUGCUUGCUUGGCAAGGGCUCGGCGUCUGCUCCGCAUCCGGAAUCGCCUGGUGCGGGAAUGCCUGGCUGAACUGCUCUCCACUUUCGUGCUCAUUAUAAUCACCCUGAGCAGCUCUGCACAGAAGAUCACCAGCUUCGAGACCAAGGGGGACCUGUUCACCACCUACCUCGCAGGCGCCCUGGCUGUCAUGGUGGGCAUCUACAUAGCGGGGGGAAUCUCUGGGGCCCACAUGAACCCGGCGUUCUCCUUUGCUAUGUGCCUGAUGGGGCAGUUUCCCUGGUGGAAGCUUCCCAUCUUUGCGGUUGUGCAGACCUUAGGAUCUUUCAUAUCUGCUGGAGCUGUUUACAUGCUCUACUAUGGUACGGGGGAGCAACAUUGGGCGAGGGUGAUGCUGGGGUGGCCAGGCUUACGGACAUGCUCUGCCUCUGCCCCCCCAGAUGCCAUCUGGCACUACAGCAACGGGACCCUUACUGUCUCUGGCCCCCGGGAAACUGCCUCCAUCUUYGCCACCUACCCAGCUGACUACGUCUCCAUCGCCAACGGCUUCUUGGACCAAGUGAUCGGCACAGGAGUGGUGAUCCUGGGCGUCAUGGGCAUCAUGGACACCCGCAACAAGGGUGUCCCCAAGGGCAUGGAACCACCAAUYGUGGCUCUGGUGAUCCUCUCUGUUGGCUGCUCCAUGACAGCCAACUGCGGCUGUCCCCUGAACCCUGCACGUGACAUGGGGCCCCGGCUCUUCACCUAUGUGGCAGGCUGGGGCCCAGAGGUUUUCAGCAGGGGCAAUGGGUGGUGGUGGGUGCCACUGAUAGCACCAAUGCUUGGAGCCGCCGUGGGCACAUACCUGUACCAGCUCUUUGUGGCUUUCCACCACCCGGAGGAGGACAGCGACGUCCUGGCAGAGCAGGGCUCCAUCGUUCUAGUCAACACCGCCAUCGACCAAGACAUUGCGAUGUCACCYACGCAGAAGGACACUGGGGGGACAGCGGCUGCCGAGUCUCCCCCAUCACCGUGCGCCAGCAGCACGGGUUCCCCCACGGUCCCUGYCACACCAUUAAAAACGUCCUGAGGGCACGGGGUGUCUUGUCUGUGGGCAUGGAGGUGCGGGGAUAUGGUGGAAGCAGUGA